ACAUGCCUCGUGCAGCAAAGAGGAAAGCAGCAGCGACCAAAGAGGGAGACUGCACCAUCCCCGACCCCAGCAAGAUGACAGUGGCCCAGCUGAAACAGGAGUGCACAAAGCUGGGGCUGGGGACAGGUGGAACCAAGGCAGUUCUGGUGAAAAGGCUACAGGACCAUGCAGGGGCAGGUGGUAAGAAGGUGAAGACAGAGGAUACUGCCCCCACCACAGCUAAGGCUGCAGCUGAGACACUGAAGAAAUCUGCCUCGCCCACCAAGAAAGUGUACAAAGUGGAUUCCUACUGUCCUUUCCAUGACUGUGCUCAGGUACAGGAUGAUUACGACUGCAUGUUGAACCAGACCAAUAUUGGGCACAACAACAACAAGUAUUACGUCAUCCAGCUCCUAAGGACCAAUGGGAUAUCUCGCUAUUUUGUUUGGAACAGAUGGGGCAGAGUGGGAGAGCCUGGCCAGAAUGCCAUGAAGGGCCCUUGGGACCUUGAGACGGCCAAGAAGGAUUUUGAGAAGAAAUUCAAGGACAAGACAAAGAACGACUGGAGCAAGCGGGGCAGCUUUGUUCCUGUUCCAGGGAAGUACACUCUACUGGAGAUGGACACAGACGAGACAGAGGAGGAUGAACAAGAUACAGCUGAGAAGAUUGCUCGUCUGGAUGAGCUGGACGGCCCAGCCAGGAAGGUCCUCCCCUCCUCCCUAAACUCUCCCACCCAGAGUCUCAUCAAACUCAUCUUUGACAACGACAUGUUCAAGGAACAAAUGGCAAAGAUGGAAAUAGAUGUCCGUAAGAUGCCGCUGGGAAAACUAAGCAAGUCUCAGAUUGCAAAGGGUUUUGAGGUUCUGGAUGAGAUUGAAGAGGAACUGAAGAUGAGCAGGACCAGUCGUCUGACGGAGCUCUCCUCCCGGUUCUACACUGUCAUCCCGCACGACUUCGGGCGCAAAGUACCGCCAGUCAUCAACGAUCAGGAGAAGCUGAGGAAGAAAAUGGACAUGUUACUGGUACUAGGUGACAUUGAGAUUGCCCAGGCCAUGCAGAAGGACAAAGACAAAGAUGAUGGGUCAGAGGCCAUGGACAUCAAGCAUCCUCUGGAUCUGAACUAUGACCUCCUGAACUGCGGCUUGGAGCUUGUGAAGCCAUCGUCUGAAGAGUUCAAAGUCAUUGAGAAGUACACUGAAGCCACCAAGUACAGCGGUUGGAGAGAUCCCAAGAUUUUGAAUGUGUGGAAGGUGGACAGGGGUGGGGAGGGAGAUCGGUUCCAAGAGCACGACCAUCUGGAGAACAGGAAGCUCCUGUGGCACGGGACAAACGUUGCCGUGGUCGCGGCCAUCUUGAAAACUGGACUGCGCAUCAUGCCGCACUCUGGUGGCCGUGUCGGGCGAGGAAUCUAUUUUGCAUCGGAAAACAGCAAGUCUGCUGGAUAUGUUGGAUGUGCUUCAGGGAAUGUUGGUAUCAUGUUCCUGAAUGAAGUUGCCCUGGGAAAGGAGAAUCGCAUCACCAGAGAUGACAGCAGCCUCACCAAACCGCCUGCAGGGUUCGACUCUGUGGUGGCUGUGGGGCGGAAGGAACCAGACCCCAAGAAGAACACGACCAUGAAGCUGGACGGCCGUACGGUGGUGGUGCCACAAGGACAGCCCAUCAACCAGACAGAAGGGCAGAGCAGCUCCUUCUCACAGAGUGAAUACCUGGUCUACAAGGAGAACCAGUGCCGCAUCCGUUAUCUCCUCAAGAUGAAGUUUGGGAGUUAGAAAGGAUGCAAUAAGUGACAGUUUCACCUGUUUUUUUAAUUGUUUUUCUUUUUUUAUACUUUUAUAUUAUAGCACAACAAGUGCAGAUUUAUGAGAUUUUACUGUCAAGGUAUGCUUUUGUCUUAAGAUGUACCAAAGAUAGCCUACCUUAAGCUUGGUGUGGAUUUUGUUACUGUGUGGUAAAGAAAAAGAAUCUGGACAUACCAGAAUGAAAAUGACCUAUUUUAAGGAAAGUAUCUUAUGAUAUGAUUGUGUAUCUAGCUGUGUAUGUAAUCAUGAUUUAGAGAUUAUUUGAAAAUGAUUCUGAGAUAAUGUUCCUGCUAUGCAUCUACCAUACUACAUGCUGCAUGUUCAACUGACUUCUAUCCCCAAAAGUUAAAAAUUUCAACUGUCAGGAAAGAAAGAUGGUAGACUUUUCUUUUUCUACAAAAGCUUGUCUCAAUGCUGUAUGACAUGCUUGUAUUUGGAACCAUGAUUAUUGUUGAUUUAGAAAAAAUCUAUUAUUUACUGAAAGAGACAAACGGAAUUUUAUAAUGUGAGAGAUUAUGAUAUCAAAGUUGGAAUAUAAAGACAAAUUUGUACUUAAACUUGAAGUGCAAUAUAACAUGAUAUGGUUAUAUCAUUAAGUUGGAAAAUACUAUGAGUACAGGAGUGUUGGCAUAUUCAAGAGACAUGUCUUAAUCAUCAAUAUACUUUCGUCAUCUUUGAUGCUGCGUAGCCCACUUUGUUCAAUACAUUCCACGUUGACUGGUGUA